GAGAAACUGUAGUCCUGGAGAAAAACUGAAGACCACACCAUAUGUAUGCACUAUGAACAAAAUGGAGUUGCUUGAAAACAGUUCAUAAGAAGACAGUCAAGCAAACAACACUGAAAGGGUGAACAGUAGUUAAGAGGAGCUUGGGCUGAAAAUAUACUGGAUUAUUUUCUGAGGUCAAACCGCAUUAAAACAAGAGAUGGGGCGGAAAUCACGUGGUAUCACGCAGCGAACAAAAAAUCCCAAAUGGAAGAGGCCAUAAAAAGUGCUGUUCACAUGGUAGAAGCAGAUAUUCUUCUUCGUGAUGACAAGGGAGGAAAUCGUGACCCUAUCAUGGUUCAUCCACCUGAAACAGAUAGUGACAACACAUUGCAGGAAUGGCUAAAAGAGAUUGUGAAGACAAACAAAGGCAUCAAGCUGGAUUUUAAGAGUCUAGAAGCUGUGCGGCCUUCUUUGGAGCUUCUUGAACAUGUGAAGCUGCGUUUGAGACGACCUGUUUGGAUCAAUGCAGAUAUCCUACCAGGACCUAAUGGAAAUGAUGCUGUGGUGGAUGCAAAAGGAUUCCUUGACACUGUCACUUCAUUUUUCCCAGAUGUAACCUUAUCACUGGGAUGGUCAACUGGCUGGCACCCUGGAAAACACAAUAACGGCUAUGACUGGAUGAUGGUGAAAGAAAUGGCUCAAAUAUGCAAUACACUUUCUCAGCCUGUAACUUACCCUGUGAGAGCAGCGUUAGUACGGCAGUCGGUAUCUGAGCUAUGCUGGUUAUUACAACAAUCAGAUAGAUACAGCCUCACUGUUUGGACAGGAAAGCAAGAUGAGUAUUCUGUAGAAGAUUUGCUUCAUAUACGAGAGAACUUUGAUAAAAGUCGGGUUUAUUAUGAUAUCUUAGAACCGCAAAACUCUGAAUUCAAAAAAGCCAUAGGAAUAGAAUAUUAAAUAUGAUGCCAGCAAACUCUGACUUUAUAAUACUUAACUUCUUUAAUGUGAAGGUUUCUUGUUCAUGGAAGUGCAUUUUCUUUCCCAAAUAAUUGUAUAGAUAAUAUCCAUGAAUAAUGAAGGGUUUUUUAUAACACUUUAUGUAAAGGCUUUCCAAAUAGAUAUAUAAUGCCUUCUGUAAUAGGUCAGAAUUGUUAUUUCCUCAUCAUACACAUGUUCCCUCUCUUUCAUCCAGUAGCAUAUAGUAAAGACAACCCAUGUUCCCUAAAUAUUCUUGCAUGUUGCAAGAUGUUGCAAGUAUAUAAAGAGGAGAGUGCCUCCAAAUGAUACCUGUGAACCAAGGUAAUUUGCUACCAGCUGCUUUUGUGUAAGCCAAGGUCUGUGGGACACUAGGUCUCUACCAAAGACUUUAUUUUUACCAUUUGUGCAGAAGGACAAACAGAAAGAAGACUGUAGUAAGUACAGAACAAUGCUCUUCCUGAAGGAGUUACUUUGUAGUUCCUCUUGAUAUACUCCAUUUUUAGUGCUAUCAUAACUGAUAAAGUUCUCACUCCUUAUCAAGAGAAGAUUGUGUUUGCUAGGUGUUCACAGUGAGAUCCAUGAUGAUACGCAUUCAGGGGAGAAAGAUUGGUUAUUUAUACAGAAUGAGAACUAAAUUAGUUCUGUGCAGUUGUUACCAUUGUGCAAUUGUGCAUUUCAGACUAUGGCUUCCCACCAUUAAGAGCUUUUAAGACAGAGAAGUGUUGAUUGUUCUUUCAACUAAAUGUAACUAUAACAGGAAUUAUGUGGAAUGUUCUGCUGAAGUCUUUCUAAAAGCCAGAGGCUGUACAAAUGAAAUAGCUGUACAAUAAUUAGUGUUUACAGCAUUAUUUUCUGUAUUUUCUUGGGUUGUACAUGUUUUUAACUGUUGUAAUACUAUUUCAGGAACUUUUGAAAAGCUGAACUUUCUUUGAGAAAAAUUAAUUCAUUGCAACCCUAUUUAUUAUCUGCAGGAAAAGACCUACCCAUUUUAUUUGAAUCAUUCUUUCCUCUGUUGCGUUUCUAUCUCUUAAAAUGUAUACUGACAUUGAAAUCUCUGCAGAUUAAAACACAAGCUAUGUACUGUUGUCUUCUGCCUAACAUUGUGAUUUUUUUUUAUUCACAAUGACAGUAGAGAUUUUUAUUUCUAGAUGAAGGCUGAUUCUGUGAAGAGGCAUUCUACUGGCGCCUUCUUGCCCUCCUCUUUCCGCUCCUCUCACAUCUUAGGAAAAAUCUUAGAUUUUCAGUUUAUCUAAAUUCUGAUUAUACCUACACAGAUCAAAUCUGAUUCUUUUUAAUAUGCAUUAUAUGCCAAAUAUAGCUUGUAAUAAUCUGUUACAUUCUUUGAUUCUCAGUAAAUAGCUUCAUCACACUUUAGAUUGUUCUGAUGAGUAAAAUCUUAAGAGUUAACGAUACAGGCUGAAUUCAAAUUCUGAAUGAUAACAUUCUUAGUUUCCUUUGUCUUCUGUAAGGCUUACCAAUUUUAUCCAGCUUCUUUCAUAAGGCUGUCACAUGUGAAACUGCAAAGGGCUGAGAGGGUGGGGAGGCAGAGACCAACUCUUCCAAAGCAAAAUCUUCUAGGAUUUCCAGUGUUUUAAAUAUUUAAUAUUUGGACUGUAAACGCUUUGCAACAGGAAUUUUGUUAUCUUUGAUGUUUUGCACAACCCUGAGCAGGGUUCUUAGUACUACAAAAUUAAUUAAAAAAUCUUUUUGUUCUUACAGCUUUUUAUUUUUAGUAUUAAUAUAACUCUGUCAGAAAAGUUAAGUUAUAUUCAUUAAUCCUAAAUCUUGAAAUACCGUGAUUUCAUGCAGUCAUUAAAAUUCAAGGUUCAUGGUUGUUACUUACAUGAGGGAUAGGGCUUUCAUCAUUUUUGUCAUGUAUUCAGUUACAAUGUAGUUGGAUAAAACCAGGAAAUAUUUUUCCAAACAAGGAAGAAGGUAUCUCAUUGUACCUGGAAUAGUUAAACAGAGGACCUCAUUUAAUUUGCACAGUCAGUCAAUGUGAAUGGCAGUAACACUCAAAAGGUCAAGUUUGGCAGUGUAAUUCUUCUUAAUGAAUUGGAAGAAGUGAUGUAUUUCUUAGUUCAGUGUGACAACAAGACUUGACUUGAAAGGAUUUAACCUCACUUUUCUCUGAAGUAUCUGUUUCUAUUAUCUCUGUAUGCACACCUUGCUAGAGCAUGGGAAAAAGACUAAGUAUUUUCUAACCUAUCCUAACUAUGUAAAGUAUUUUAAAUGCUUUAAAUAGGAGAGCCCUUUCUAACCCAGGUCGCUUUGACUAAACCAGGUUCAGAAGCUAUUGAAUGAGCAGGUGUACUAGCAGAUCUGAUCAUGCAGUGUUCUUUUCUGGAUAAUGACCUUUUCACUUAAAUCCUCUUUGGGGAGAACAGGACACAUGACUGACUGAGGCCCACUUAAACCAAAGUUACAGACAUGGCCCUGAAUCUAUAGCAUACAAUAAACUAGUAGGAAAUAGUAUAGCUCAGAGUUUUUAUUCUCUGGAAUAUACUAUGGAACAAGAAACAUUUAGGGGACAGGAGCCAGCUUUUGGAACCAAAAGCAACAUAGCUGCGUUAGCCAAAAUUAAUUAGGCAGGUGUAUGAAUAACAGAAUUUGCUUUUGAAGGACAUAAAAGAAACAGCCUUAGGAGACAUCACUGUAGCAGUAUUCAUUUAUUGAAUGCAAGGUGUCAUUAAAUAGUAUUGAGUUCUCGCAUUAUGCUUUCUGAACACUUAACUAGUUCUAGGCUUAGUCUAGAUUUCUUUUCAAGAUAGGACUGACUAUUCAGAAACAGCAACUCUCUAGCCAUACAUUUCAUUUUAGUAGAUAUAAAGACAAGAGUAUCUCCUUAUCCUUUUGUUACACAAUUUAUAUGAGGGUUUAGGACCAGAAUGGACUCCUAGAUCAGGUUAUGCUCCUUGCUGUUGGAUGCACUUAGGUGUAUUGAUUUAACAGAUUUCAUCUUAAAGUUUGUUAGGACUUUUUGCUUCCACACUGGCAGGCUUUUCUACGAUUUAGAAACCCUUUCCCCGCUUAGCAAUUCUCAUCUGAGGGAUUGGGAAUUGUUAAAAACUAUGAUUAUAUUAUUAAGUAGGAAACACUAUCAGUAAUUACCAAAAGUAUUUUCAAGGGUGCAGACAUCCUGGAGGAAACACCAUAGACUAGUACCUGUGGAUAUGAAUAAACAGGGAUAUUCAGAUAAAAUUGAAAAAAGACAUGAUCUGGAUUACCAGAAAAAUUAGUAAGAUAACAACCCAUGUAACUGGGUUAGACAAAAUGCUAGCAAUAAAUUCUGUGAAGCAUUCUUGCAGUGACAGAAGUGUUUAACUUUAUGACGUUUGAUUAUUCUACAUGAAUUAUCCUCUGUAUCUGAAUUUCUGUAUGUAUCUGUAUUUUACCUGUGUAAAAGUAAGUAAUUAUAUUAAGUUUCCUGUGAAGUGGUUUGUUUUGUUUAGUAUUUGGUCUGACUUGCACAUAGCUGAAUAUGAUUGAAUUUGUUUCUCUGUUUUCAUGCAAGUCUUGAUAUAAAUGCUUUCCUUGUAAAAUCAGAUGUAUUAACCUGGGGGCUGGCAAUGAAAUAAUAAAGGGGAGAUGGAAGCCGGUUAUUUAUUCUGUUGGAAAUGGGUAUCUACGACAGUCCUAUGUUGGUCUAGCCAUUGCUGUCUUUUUUAUCUUGUGUCCUUGUACUUAACGCUUUGUUUAGGCGUCGUAAGUUUUGUGUCCUCUUUGUGGAAUCAUUUUCUUUAACGGUGUUGUUUCAUGUCUGGUUUCUGGCAUACUUUCAGCCAGAAAGUAUGCCAGAAGUUUCGUGUCUGGCAUACUUUCAGCCAGAUUUUUAGACUUGCAGACAGAUUUUUCAGACUUUGUGGACAAAUUUGGUUGACUUUAGUGGAACUAUGCAUCAUUCAUAGAGUGCUUAACAGUGGCAUUCAAACUGCAAAAGGACAUCCAGGCAAGUUAAUAGAUUAAUAAAAUAUUUCUGAUUUACUGUAA